UGAAGUCUUUCUAGAGCCAUGACCUUCAACGUGACUGUCAUCACUGAAUUCUACCUGAUGGGAUUUCCAGGACUCCCGCCACAGUAUUAUGGAGCUGUGGGAACCUUGUUGUUUUUUGUCUACUUGACACUGGCAGGAGGAAAUCUCUUUAUUAUUUUAUUCAUUGCUUAUGAGAGAAGCCUUCAGAAACCCACCUAUUUAAUCUUCUGUAAUCUUGCUGUGUCUGAUCUUGUUUUUGCUGUCACGCUGCCUACGGCAUUCUCAAAAUACCUUUUCAACAUCCAUACUAUAUCAUUUGACGGUUGCUUUGUGCAGAUGUUUUUUGUUCACUACUUAGGAAGUGUAAAUUCAUUCACUUUGCUAUUAAUGGCCAUUGAUCGUUUUGUUGCGGUGCGUAACCCAUUUAGAUAUUGUGUCAUUAUUACAAACAGGACGAUUUCAUUGGCUUUUGCAUUGAUUUGGAUACUACUAAUAGCUUCAUUGUCUUUUGUCGUUUACCAAACCUUUGAUGAACCCUACUGUAAUUCUAAUGUUGUAACCCAAAAUUAUUGUGACCAAAACUCAGUGUCUAAACUCUCCUGUGGAGACAUAAGGCAAAAGCAAUUGUUUUCAUUUGGGAAUGCCAUGUUUGUUCUAUUGGGCCCUUUGACUUUCAUCAUAUUUUCGUUCAUCGCUAUCGUUACGGUUGUUUUUAAAAUCUCUGAUGUUCAGGCACGAUACAAAACGUUCUCAACAUGCACUCCCCAACUUCUUAUCAUUUGUCUGUACUAUAUACCCAGAUGUGUUGUCUAUGUGUAUGAUGUGACAGUUACCAUCACACCUGGAAUUCGGAUGAUGUUAAUUAUGUGGUACAGUCUGCUGCCCCCUGUUGUCAAUCCAAUAAUUUACUGCUUAAGAACCAAAGAACUUAAAGAUGCAUUAAGGAGAAAAAUGAGACACAAAGUAGGCAUGCAGUUGACAAUGAUGUGGAAUAAAACUUUGAAAUGA